AUGGGGUCUGACAGAGGCCCGCGACCCCCGAAAGGGCAGAGCGUGAAAUCAGGAAGGGGCGCACGGAGCGCCCGGCCGCAGCGGCUUCCCCGGCGUACCAGGGGAGACAUUGACGACCAUCCAAUUGCCCCCACUAAGCCCCUCAGCGCCAGUCCGCACGCAGUGAUCCAACCGGGCCGCCCUUGCGGGCGGGGGCUGGCUGCGGCAUGUGGCCCUCGGGUGGAGGGUCCGGACCCCGUGGACAACGCCGGCGAACGGCGGAUCCCACGGGGCGGCUCCCUCCAGGAAUCUAAGUUUCAGGUGUGGCCAGCGGCCAUCCAUCCACAGACUCCAGCGGUGCCGGGGACCAAGCGGCCCCCGGGCUUCGGGCGCCGCAGCGGCGCCCAACGUCAACUAGAUAUAAGUCCUGACAGGCACUCGCCUCGAACGUCACGGGCGCGCCCCGAGGGACACUCCGAACAUUGUACGGCGAGCGGCGGCCGGAAAAUAUACCGGCAGACGCAGAGCGCAGCUGCAGCAGACGUCCUUCUCUGGGUGUGGUGCCGGGCCCUUAGGGCGUCACACACACCAAACCCAGAAAGAGAGACUGUCGAGCAGGGAAGAUGUAGAGACGAGGAGUACUCGCCUCUACACAUACUCUCCGGCCGCACUUUGACCCAUUGA